GCCAUAACCUCCAGCAAAUGUUUUGUGUAGCCUUGACUGUCUGUCUCACUGUCUCUCGAGUGUAUUUUUAUAGACGCCAGCUUUGAUUCUCACGCUAAAUUCGUCCUAAUCUAACAGUGAAUCAACUAUUUCAUUCCGUUAACUUUGUAACACCACUCGUGCAGUCGUCAACACAGUGUUAACAGCGUGCUAAACCUCGCGUUAUUAAUAUUUUGUGCUGGAGUGUUCAAUCAAAAUAUUGUAAUAUUUUGAUCAAUCGAUCCAUAACCGGUCGCGCUUUGUUCAGUUCAUUGAGUGUGGCGUCUCCCAGGUGAAACAUUCCCAGUUGUUUUUUGAACUCUAACGGCAUUCCUGUCCAAAAUUACAGUUAGUUUUGAAAGUUGUGGUGUGUAGAAUUUCGCGACUGUGCAAAUGUGGUUAGUGAAUGAACAACAACUGGACGUUUUCUAACCUCGAUAACAAAACAUCGUGUUAACUUUGUGAAAAGUUUUUGUUGUGUGUUGGGAAAAAUGGAUGAAGUAAAAGAGCAGAAGAUCAACAUCAAGUUCUGUCAUCGUCUGGGCAAAAGCUCGGAGGAAACUUACGAAAUGCUUCGUUUGGCUUACGGUGAGGACGUUAUCAGCAAAGAAAAAGCCCAUGAGUACUUCAUGCGGCUUGAAAACGGGAUUGUGGAGGAACGCGGUCGGGGUAGGUGGUCUACAGGGGGUCGAAGUACGGAGAAUGUGGACAAAGUUAUGAAGUUGAUUCAAGAGGACAGACGUACGAAAGUGAAGGACAUUUGUAAAGCUGUCGGCAUAUCGUACAACACUUGUCGACGUAUUUUACUGGAAGAUCUCAACCUGAGACAGGUCAAUGGACAGUGGAUUGAUGCCGUAAUGGGCCAUUGUGUUGACAUGUAGAUAACCGAUAACGUACAACUUGGAUGGCCGCCUACCCUUCUAGAAUGAUCGAUCAGCUUCUGCUCUACGCCUAACUCCGCCGUCGCCACCCGCUAGGCGUCCCGCAGCAGUCCCGUCGCAGCUCACUGGCCUACCCGUUCUUGAUGACAAGUCCGGCCGUCGGUCACACUCUGUCUCCUAGCUCGUGUAACUCGCUUCGCGCGCCCAACUGUCCACGUGCCGUACAGGGCUUCACCCGGCAACUGCGCAGUAGCGGCUGUGUGUUCCAGGAUUUCGGGAACGCCGCGUUCCCGCCACAGAACUCGCUAAGUGCGCUCAACCGAUACCACUUUCAGUUUCCGUUAGACUUGCAGGGUUGGCCCCGCAGAUGGACACAGACUGUACUAUAAAUUUAUCAAAUUAUUAGUUCAAUUGUUAUUUAGUUCGUCGAACAGUUAAAUUAUUUAUUCAGUCGAUACAGUUGCCAGUGAACAGUUAUUUCAAUUCAAGUGAGAUUCUAUAUAGUAAAACAGUUAUUUAUUUCGUGAAAACAUAUUGAAUUUGUUUAAAUAGUUAACUUAUUUAUUCGUAGUAACGAUCAACAGUUAUUGAUUUCGUCGAAAGAAAUAUUGAAUUAGUUAAAAACGGUCAACAGUAAUUAUUGAUUUUGUAACUUAUUAAUUCGUGGAAUCAGUCAACAGUUACUGAAUUCGUGAAAACAGAUUGAAUCCUCAAUAGUUAUUCAUUUCGUCAAAACAGUUAAUCAUUUCGUCAGAACGGUCAACGGCUUUAUUCAACUUGUAAAAACAACAGUUUACAGUAAUUUAUUUUGUGGAGCAGUUGGCUGUAUUAGAAGAUAAUCGCUCUAUUUAUUUACUUGAAUUGUGUUACUAUUGUAUACGUUGUCUAUCGAAAAGAGUGUCUUCAACUGAUAGCGAAAUUAGUCAUUUUAAUUGAAUUAUUUGUGAUUCAUAAAAAAUUGAGUUGAACAGUUGAAAGUUGGCGAAGUGUUCAACGAUAGUAUUUGAUCAAAAAUUGUAGAGUUACUGCGAGUUGAUCAAAAAAUUGUAAAAUACUGUGUGAAUUGUCAGGGGUGUAAAUUUGUCUUCUCGACGACAUUAAAUUGUGUUGAUCAACAGCGAAAAUUCAACUUGUUCAACUACUAAAGAUCAAAAAGUUGUUUCCAACACAGUAUUCACAGCCAAUUAUAUAUCUCUUCGUGUGAGCUUGCUUCAAUUAUUAGCUGAAAUAAAUUUUAUUCACUAUAUAAAUACAUUGGGACGCAAAGACUGACCUAGUGAAUUUGCUGUACCUUGCUCUGUGAUAUUUCUUCGUUAAUUAUAUGCAGUAUAUAGGUUUAUUAGGAGCAUCGAUCAAGUGUUAGGCGGUAGGACUGUAAAGAAGAACGAUUAUCGGUUAGGAACUGUUAUUUUAGGAAUAAAUAUCAUCGAUCUGUUAUUUUGGGGAUUGAUGAGUAAGAAUCGAACCUUGUGUACAGAAACAAUAAUAUUGAAAAGAUCUGAGUGCCCUGUGAAUUAUAUGAACUUGAAAUAAUUUUAAAUUGUGCGGAUUAUAAAAUAUACAAUUAGUAAAAUAGGUGUUGAAAAAUAACACCCCUGCCUACCUCAGUGCUCUCUGCGAUUAGGAAAUUCAGGUUAUUAGAAAUCAUUUAGGAAAUUUAUCAAGUGUACUUAUUUGAAGUGGAGUAUCGUAUCUACGACAUCGGUUAUAGAAAUCUAUUGAAGAAGUAUUUGAAUUGUAGAAGAAUCAGAUCUAGCAUUCAUUGGAGAAGUUGAUACAGGAAACGUUUCAGGAGUUGAUAAUAAUUGAGAAAAUUUCAAAUUUUGCUCCACUAGAAUAUUCUGAAUCAAUGAAUUACAUUGUGAUUGUAUAAGAAAUCAGAGCUAGUAAUAAUCGAAUACUAAGCUCAUCCAGAUUGAGAAUUGAUCCUCCAGUUCGAAGUCUUCACAAAUUCUUGGUAAUAAUCGUCUAUCAAUCUGGUACUCAUUGAAGAAUACAACUUCCAAGUUUGUAAUAAUUGAAUUGAUACAAUUGUAAUAUUAGUUGGUGAAAUAAGAAAGUUUGAGUUAAGAGUUGUUCAGGAUUGAAGAUUAUACAACUUCAAGUCCACAGAAAUUGAAUCGAUUGCAAUAUUUGUUUAGUAAGUUUGGAAUAAGAAAGUCGAAUUGAAGUUUCAGUUGAGAGUUGCUUAAGAUUAGAGAUUAUUGUAACCCAAAAUCUUCAACGAAACUCAAUAUUAACGAUCGUUAUUAAAAGUGCAAAGAUCUGGAAAUCGAUCAAGGUUUACCAUCGAUUGUAGUAACCCUAACUCUACAACAACUGAAUUUUAUCAGUGUUUUUUGAAAGUUCGUUCUGAAAAUUCAACUCGAUCAAGGUUGAACAUCGAUUAUAGUAUCCCCAAGAGUCUUCAACAAUUUCGUUUUUCGAAAAUGGAACCAAAAGCGUCCCUGAACGAAAACCGCAACGGUUUGGCCCCCAUAGUGCGUUGGAGCAGCAUGACGUCAUCUGUCGACUCUUCCAUGGGCGUUUCUCCCGCCAAAUCCCUCACCAGCAGCGGAAUCGUGCCGGACACCGCCAGCAACCGCCCCUCAGAGGACGGAUCCAACGCGGAGGAACCGCAACUCUUCCCCUCCACCUCCACCGCCAUGUCCACCGGCUCCGACGACGACCGCGAGAACAACAAUCGCCUACACAGACGCAAAAAGAGUCCUGUAGAUAGCGAUGGUGAUGCUGCCACUGUGCUUACCGUUCCUAACAACGAUGAAGGGGUGAAGUUCGACCUACCCGAAGCUGACUCCAUCAUGAGCAGCACAUCGUCACUCUGUGAGACGCGGAAAUCGUUGAAGAAACCGGAACCCAACAUACCUGACGGUGGGUGGGGGUGGAUGGUUGUGUUGUCCUCCUUCUUUAUUAGUAUGAUCGCUGAUGGGAUUAGUUUCUCGUUUGGUUUACUUUAUAUCCGAUUUUUAAAACAUUUUGGAGCAACUAAAAGUGCCACCUCGUGGAUUGGGAGUUUGUUUAUGGCUGUACCUCUCCUGUCAGGUCCUAUUGGAAGUGCGUUAGUAGAUAGGUAUGGUUGUCGAUGGAUGACUAUUAUAGGUGGGAUUAUAUCUUGUAUAGGGUUCUUGUUGAGCUCUCUAUGUGACUCGAUUAUCACAAUGUACCUCACCUUCGGUGUUAUAGCAGGGUUGGGACUGGGAUUAGGGUAUGUCACAGCAGUCGUCAGUAUCGCGCCCUGGUUUGACAAACGAAGAGUGUUAGCUACAGGGUUGGGAGCGUGUGGAACCGGGGUGGGCACCGUAGUUUAUGCCCCGAUGACCCAGUAUUUCAUAGAUGAGUAUGGCUGGAGAGGUACAGUGAUUAUGUUAGCGGGUACCUUCUUCAACAUGUGCGUUUGUGGAGCACUGAUGAGGGACCCUGAGUGGUGGGUGCAAGAGCAACAGCAGCAACAACUGCAGAAGUCGAAUCGAGGCUCGUCGUGCACGUCGCUGGUGACAACAGCUGAUCUGCAGGCUCUGGAGGAGGUGCGGCUGAUGCUGAAGGCCGGGGAGUCUCCGGAUUACGUCCUGACGCAGCUGGCCACCUCGAUCAAGGCGCCCGAGGAUGAGGAGUGUGUGGAGGCCGGACCUGAUAAGCUGGUGUCGCCCAAUGUACAGUCUGUGUACAAUCUGCCCACGUUCGUCAGGCAGAAUGAGAAGGUCCCCCUAGAAGUUCUGGAAGCCCUACGCGCCAACAAACGCAUGUACAACGUGAUCGUGGAGAACUACCCGAGUCUGCUGUCAUGCCGCAGCAUGAGCGACAACAAGCUCAACAAAAUGGCGGUCGAACCUGUGCGUGCCCCCGUCACUAUGCGCAUCUCGUCUGCGCAGAACAAGGUGAAACCGGUCAUGGAACCCCAUAUGGAGCCGCUGUUGCCACCUGUCGUUGUGCCCGAACCCAAGAUGAAGUCUGUGUCGCCGCCCAAGGACUAUGUCUUCAAGAAGAAACAGUCCAUCAUGGAUAACCAUCACUACUUGAAGAAUAUUAGGAUACAUAGGAAUUCAAUUAUGUACCGUGGUGCCACGUUAAAUACCCGAAAUUAUCGCCUGAAAGCUUCGUCCUGUCCUGACAUCUACCGCAACUCUAUGACAACUUUGGCCCGGGAAACGGAAGAGAACUGGAGAAGCGAGCUGAUGCAACUGCUGCUGGAGAUCAUGGACUUCUCGAUGUUCCUGGAGCUGCACUUUAUGCUGAUGUCGCUGGGUACCAUUCUGCUGUUCACCUGGUUCAUAGUGCCCUACUUCUACCUGGCCGACUUCAUGACUCGCCACAACUACACCGAGAACGACGGCUCCUUUGUGCUCAGCGUCAUUGGAGGAACCAAUACUGUCGGCAUGGUAGCCCUGGGCUGGCUAGGCGACCGACCAUGGGUGGACGUUGCCACAGCCUACUCGAUCUGCCUGACGAUUUGCGGCCUCGCUACGUGCGCCAUCCCACUCUGCAUCGACAACUACUACCUGCUGCUGACCGCCAGCGGCGUGUUCGGACUCACAUUCGCGUCCAACUUCUCGUUCACGCCGCCCAUCACUGUCAAACUCAUCUCGUUGGAGCGCUUCACCAGCGCCUAUGGCCUCAUACUCCUGUGUCAGGGUAUUGGCAAUCUGCUCGGGCCGCCGCUUGGAGGUGCAGUGUUCGAUUUGACGGGUUCGUGGGACCUGGCGUUCUACUUGGCCGGUAUCCUCAUCCUUAUAUCGGGUCUGCUCAUCUGUCUCAUUCCAAUGACCAGAAAUCGAGUCAUCUACGGCUCGGGAACCCUCGAGAGAGACAAGGACAGCAAUAGUAUUGCUUAGAACAUCUCUCAUUUGUGUGCAGUCGUGGUCUUCGUUGCUUCAGAAUCUACGAUCAUAUUGAGAAAUUCGCGAACAAAUCGGGGCAGUAUGGUUGCGGUUAUUUUUCUGCGGUAAGCCCGGUUCAACACCUACAAUACCUUUGUCAAGGCUGGGAUUUGUUAACAGUAUUAGUUGUUAAUUUAACAAAAAUCUUCUUAGAUAUUUCAGUCGGUUCUUUCAGUAAGGUGGCGCAAUCAUUGUAUGGGUUAAAUAGUUGUUGAUGGAAAACCUAGUCGAUUUUUAGUAGUACUUGUAAAACAAUUUUAAUCAUUUUAAAAUUUAGCUCUAUCAAUUCUACAAUUUUAUUGUAUUUUCCAUAGCUUGGUACUUAUCAAUGCAAUGAAUCUGUACUUUUUUGAAAUUUUAUCAUUUUUUGUUUCCAUAGUAUUGUACUUAUUUUAUGGGUUAUUUGCCUAUUUGAAAUUUUAAUUUAUUUCUAGCAAGCUACUUAUUGGGUAUUGUCUCAGUUGUAGAGAUAUAACCUAUUCAUGUUUUCAGAAAAUUGUAUUUCUGGAUAGUUUACUUAUGUAUACUAUAAUAAAGGAAAGAACUGGCUUAUACACGUACGGAAUAGGAAAAUUAUGUUUGACGCAUUAUCACGUCUGAACUACUGGACUGUUUAACUUGAAAUUUUGCUAUAGAUUCUUGAUUAACCGAUGAUGGUUACAGGCCAAUUCUUCAAGAUUUCAUUACGUCAAGUUUACAGUUUGUCAAGUUUUAAAAUAGGCCUUUGCGGAGCACGGGUUACCUGCUAGUUAACAAUAAAGCAAUUUUUAUUACAUAAUUACAGAGGACAAAUAAUGGAUUACACAUAUUUUCAAUUCGUAUGCAGUAAGUAGUAAAUACAACUCUCAAAUUAUAAUUAAAUGCAAUGAUAUAAAUUUAAAACAAUUCCAAUAAUUGAUAUAAAAUUUACUUAAUUUGAAAUUGUGCAAUUAUGAUGAAAUCAAUGUAUAAUCAAAUAGUAAUUAAUUCUAUUUUGUUGAUGCUUCUUGGGCAUAAGGAGAUGCAAAGCACCUGCUAGCUAAUCCUAAUGAUUGUAAUAUGGAAGUUUCUAAAUUUUAGUGGUGGUACUUAUACGGUACUCAUGCAUGCAAAAUUAGUUUGAUAUAAAUUAACACGGUAGGUAUAAGUAACACUUUUAUCACCUCUGAGGUCAAUUUUACUUUUUAUCGAAUGAAUGUAAUUUUUAAUUCAAUAUGUUUUUGGAAAGAGUUGUAAUGGUUCUUGUUUCUCGAAUUUUUGGAGACUAUUUUUCUACAAAGAUUACAAUUUUAUUUCCAAUAUUUUGAAAAUUUACAGCUCGUGCUAUUAAUCAAUCUAUUUACUCAAAUCGUUUUCAAAUCUUCUCUUUCGUAAUAAUUAUAUUUCGAAGUAAUUUAUUCUGAAAUAACUAUGAAUAUUGUUGUAAAGAAGAAGACCGAGAUGAAGAUGACAUGUUUAAGAAUGAAGAAGACGAUGAAGAA